AAAAGAAAGGAUACACUACAAAAUACUACUGGGGAAAUAACUCGUUUGAUUUGAUCCCGGGACUAGAAAGCCCGACCAUCUAUCUAUCCAUCCAUCCAAUUUACAUUUACAUCCAACGAACAAACAAUGGCAACAGAAAUCUCAGCACCCCUCCACUUCCGCACGCUCCUCACAGCACACACGUACCUCAUCGCCGACUUCUACGCCACCUGGUGUCCGCCAUGCAAGCAAAUCGCGCCCAUCUACAGCCAACUCGCGGGCGCGCACGCGACGCCCGCUAAACUCGCAUUUGUAAAAGUAAACGUCGAUGAGCAGCGUGAGGUGGCGGGCCAGUACGGCGUCACGGCCAUGCCGACGUUUAUGCUGUUCAAGGACGGCAACAAGGUGCAGGAGGUUAGGGGCGCGGAUGUCAGGGCGUUGAGGGCGUGCGUCGAGGGCGUGGCGGCGCAGGUCAAGGCGGGGAGGAAGGAGGUGGGGGAGGAGGAGGAGGGGCACAAGGAGGAGAAGACGGUUAGUGGGAGUUAUGGCAUGACGGGCGGCAAUCAUUGGAAGAUGUCGUUGAAUUAGUGACGUGUGUGCAUGUGGUGAUACCCUGAAUUGAUGUGUUCUAAGCGUACAUGUGCUUUGAUAGACUGGAUACAGUCGCCGUGCAAUAGAGCCCCCGCUUCGCAACAAUCAAAGCGUGCAGCUACAGCCCGGCUGCUCUCUGCCUUGCAAAAUGUCAGAUCGC